GGCGGCCGCGGUGGAGCCACGGGUCGGGCUCGGCUCGGUGUGACGGCGGCCUCGGCGGCGGUGGCGGCCGCGACCAGGUCGGCGUCCUGGCCAAGCAUGGUGACAGCCUGUGCCCUCGGCCCCCUCGUCUGGCGCAGCCGGAAGAGCCGCCAGCCUCGGGCGCCGAUGGCCCCCCAUGUGAGGGAGUGAGCAGCCUGGCCCUGCCCUACGGAGUGAGGGGGGACGCAGCGGCUGAGUGAGCUGAGACCACGCUGCCGACCCCCUCCCACCAGUUGACGAAUGGUGGACCGAGCAAUGAAUGACCCAUGUCAGGGUCAUGGAAUAAUGGUGGGAAGCAAGGCAUGAGUGACCCCCGUGGUCACCUGUAACUUCUCAGUAGAAAUAGUGGUCUCGGUGCCCCAAGCCGACUCAGCCGACCCUCCCGGCCCUCGCCCCAGCUGAUGGGGCCACUGGGGCCCCGAGCAGCAGCUUGACCGUCCAGACCCCACCCUGCCCAGCCAUGGCCGGUGCUGAGGGCUUCCAGUACCGCGCACUGUACCCAUUCCGCCGGGAGCGGCCGGAGGACCUGGAGCUGCUGCCGGGCGACGUGCUGGUGGUGAGCCGGGCAGCCCUGCAGGUGCUGGGCGUGGCUGAGGGCAACGAGCGCUGCCCACAGAGCGUGGGCUGGAUGCCUGGCCUCAAUGAGCGCACGCGACAACGAGGUGACUUCCCCGGCACCUACGUCGAGUUCCUGGGUCCUGUGGCCCUGGCCCGGCCUGGCCCUCGUCCACGUGGCCCCCGCCCACUGCCCGCCAGGCCCCGGGACGGGCCCCCUGAGCCAGGCCUCACACUCCCCGACCUGCCAGAGCAGUUCUCCCCACCUGAUGUGGCUCCCCCCAUCCUGGUGAAGCUGGUGGAGGCCAUUGAGCGGACAGGGCUAGACAGCGAAUCCCUCUACAGGCCUGAGCUGCCCGCCCUGCGCACAGACUGGUCCCUGAGCGACGUGGAGCAGUGGGACACCGCAGCCCUGACAGACGGCGUCAAGGGCUUCCUGCUGGCACUGCCCGCGCCCCUCGUGACUCCCGAGGCCGCGGCCGAGGCGCGCCGGGCCCUGCGGGGUGAGCCUCGCGGGGAGCCCGGCGUGCACACACAGUGCAGGACCGGGUGCACGUCAGGCCCCACACACUACACUCCCCUUCCCCCCAGGACUGAGUCCAGCCCAGACUUCCCGGUGCUGCUGGUGGAGAAGUUGCUUCAGGAACAUCUGGAGGAGCAGGAGGUCGCACCCCCAGCGCUGCCGCCUAAACCUCCCAAGGCAAAGCCUGCCCCUGCAGGCCUGGCCAAUGGGGGGAGCCCGCCCUCCCUGCAGGACGCUGAGUGGUACUGGGGUGACAUCUCCAGAGAGGAGGUGAACGAGAAGCUCCGGGACACGCCUGAUGGCACCUUUCUGGUCCGAGAUGCGUCUAGCAAGAUCCAGGGGGAGUACACACUGACCCUCAGGAAAGGCGGGAACAACAAGCUGAUUAAGGUCUUCCACCGCGACGGGCACUAUGGCUUCUCAGAGCCACUCACCUUCUGCUCCGUUGUGGACCUCAUCACCCACUACCGCCAUGAGUCACUGGCCCAGUACAAUGCCAAGCUGGACACCCGGCUCCUCUACCCCGUGUCCAAGUACCAGCAGGACCAGAUCGUCAAGGAGGACAGUGUGGAGGCGGUGGGUGCCCAGCUCAAAGUCUACCACCAGCAGUACCAGGAUAAGAGCCGCGAGUAUGACCAGCUCUAUGAAGAGUACACCCGCUCCUCCCAGGAACUGCAGAUGAAGCGCACAGCAAUUGAGGCCUUCAAUGAGACCAUCAAGAUCUUUGAAGAGCAGGGCCAGACGCAAGAGAAGUGUAGCAAGGAAUAUCUGGAGCGCUUCCGACGUGAGGGCAAUGAGAAAGAGAUGCAGAGGAUCCUGCUGAACUCCGAGCGGCUCAAGUCUCGCAUCGCUGAGAUCCAUGAGAGUCGCACAAAGCUGGAGCACGAGCUGCGGGCACAGGCCUCAGACAACCGAGAGAUCGACAAGCGCAUGAACAGCCUCAAGCCAGACCUCAUGCAGCUGCGCAAGAUCCGAGACCAGUACCUCGUGUGGCUUACCCAGAAGGGCGCCCGACAGAAGAAAAUCAACGAGUGGUUGGGGAUCAAAAAUGAGACUGAGGACCAGUAUGCGCUGAUGGAGGAUGAGGAUGACCUCCCCCACCAUGAGGAACGCACGUGGUAUGUGGGCAAGAUCAACCGGACACAGGCUGAGGAAAUGCUGAGUGGCAAGCGGGAUGGUACCUUCCUCAUCCGGGAGAGCAGCCAGCGGGGCUGCUAUGCCUGCUCCGUGGUGGUGGACGGCGACACCAAGCACUGCGUCAUCUACCGCACGGCCACGGGCUUCGGCUUCGCGGAGCCCUACAACCUGUACGGCUCGCUGAAGGAGCUGGUCCUGCACUACCAGCACGCCUCGCUAGUGCAGCACAACGACGGUCCCCGUCUCUCGGCCCUUCCCUCCUUAGAAGACUAA